AUGCCUCCACUCUCUAACAAACUCGACCGCAAGCUGCGCGCUGCUGAAGAGAGCUCAGACGACAGCGAAAACUAUGAGGUGACCGAUCGGUCUUCCUCUGAAUCGGUACUGGAGUUUGACGCCGGAGAUGUUGUGGGCUCGGAUGAGGAAGACGAAAGCGAGGCCCCAGAUGGCUCUGAGGAAGAGGAGUUGUCAGACGCCUCCGACGACGACCAGGUACAGGCACAGAUGAGCAAGGUCUCUUUUGGAGCCCUGGCUAAAGCACAAGACGCAAUCUCAAAGUCGACAGAUCGGAAGCGCAAGCGCGGCGACGACUCCUCAAAAUCACAGGAAGACAAGUUGGAAACACUGAGGGCACGGUUACGGCAGAUCAAGGCAGAGAAGAUGGCAAAUAGCGAGGCGAACCCCAGCAAAAAGCCCAAAGUUGCUGAAAAGAGCAAGGCAAAGCGUCAGGAGCGGGAGGAAAGCGCAGGCAGAGAAGACGAUGAGGACUCAGAUGCCGCACCGCACGCACGAUCCAGCAAGCACGCACCAGCUGUACAGUCGAGCAAACGCAUGGUUUCCCGCAAACGACAAGUUGUCGACGUCAAGAAGCCCGUCUUUCGCGACCCACGAUUCGAAAAUGUUGGCGGUCCUCGCCCAGAUGAAAACACACUCAGCAAGCGCUAUGCGUUCCUGAACGAGUACAAGGCAUCAGAGAUCGCGGAGCUCAAGAAAGCCAUCAAGAAGUCAAGGAAUGGUGACGAGAAGGAGCAGAUGAGGAAACAGCUAGAGUCCAUGGAGUCACAAUUGAAGGCUCAGCAGAGGAAAGAUGAGCAGCAAGCUGUUAAACGAGAGCACAAAAAGACAGAGAAGGAGUUGAUCAAGGAGGGCAAGCAGCCUUUCUAUCUCAAGAAGUCCGAGCAGAAGAAGCUUGCCCUGAUCGACCGCUUCCAAAACAUGAAGUCCAAGCAGCGCGACAGGACCAUCGAACGCCGUCGCAAGAAGGUCACGUCAAAGGAGCGGAGGAACAUGCCCGCGGAGCGACGUACUGCAUGA